GUUUACAAGGAAUUUCUUAUGUUUAAUUUAGUCGUGUAAAAAGCCUUUGAAAAAUGAGAUAACUCACCUUCUUAAAGUGUACACUUUUAAAGUGUUUUAGUAUAUUCACAAGGUUGUUACAAACAUCACAAUUUGCACCACCCUAAAAAAGAAACCCUGAUGCCUGUUAACAGCUAGCACUCAUACCGGUUGCACCCAGCACAUGCUGCUACUUAUUAUCUAUGAAUUUACCUUCUCUCCAUAUGUGAUAUAAGUGGAAUCAUAUUUCUCUGUUUCGUUUAUGUAGAAUAGUAUUGUAGUAUGUAUCAGGGUUCCGUUCUCUUUUAAGACGAAAUAAUAGUCUGUAUUACGUGGAUACAUACCACGUUUUGAUUGUUAGUCGAUGGACAGUGAUGACUCUGUAGAACUUUUAAAGAUAUAUUCGCCCACAAUUUGCAGUCUGAGGCAGAACCGUUUUAAAACUGAGUUCUUAGAAACCUUCAUUUAACUCUGGGAUUGAGUCAGGUAUCUCAGUGGCCACAGGUCUGUAUCUUUUAGGGCUGUUUGUCUGUUAAAGUCUUCUAUUCUCAGUUCACCCAUCAUACCAUUCAUAGCAGGGAUGUUGGUGAGCAGAUCUCAGGAAGGGAGACACUGCCAUAUUGGAUGCACCUUCUUUUCCACGAAGGGCAGCAUGCAUUAGCAGCCCAGUGGUUUUAGCAGCCGGUUUUCUGGCAGCAGCCUAAGUGUGCUGAAACCUGUUACCCUGUUACAGCAACUGGGUGUUGUCAGAGAGGAGUGCCUGUAAUUAUCCGUGGGAGAGAGGUUUUACCUAAAAAUACUACAGUCCAUUCUCCUUACUCAGGUUCUGUAUUUGUAAAUUUAGAUAUUCACUGACAUUUAUUUAUAACCUCCAAACCAGUACUCUUGGCCCCUUUUAGGGUUUCAGUGUACAAGGCUGUAUUUGAGUUCUCAAUGUGCAUGCUCUCAGCUGAUGUCAAACAUGGGUGUGGCUUGCCGUCUUUGUGGCCAAACUUCCUGAGCCUCUUGCAGUAUUUACUAUAGUAUUAUCGUUUUGUGCUUUUUCUGGUUCACUGUUUAAAAUGUUCUUCUAGAACAGUGCUGAAAUUCUGUCUCCUUGUGGAGUGCAGGAAGGCUUUGAUGUGCUUUACAGGGAAAAGAUGAGGGUUUCACCCCCGCCCCCUUUGGCUUUUUGAGACAGGGUCUCACUAUAGAGUUUAGGCUGGACUUGAACUGUCUUUGUAGCCCAGGCUGGUCUUGAACUGGCCACGAGCCUCCUGCCUCAGCCUCCGAAAUGCUGGGGUUACAGGUGUAUACCACCAUACCUGGCUAAAAUGAUUCUUUUUGAUGAGCAUUCUUUGGGCAUGAGUUAGAGUGCUGUUGGUUAUGUGUUCAUAGGAACACACAUAAAACAUUCUAUCCAGCAACCCUGUGUUUCCCUGGAGGAGUGGUUUAAUAUUCACUAUUUCAGUGUGUUCACAGUGGCACUUAGACCGUAACGACUGUGAAUAAUGAGAACUGACAUGAUAAUCAAUAGAAUUAUUCAGGGCAGGCUUAGUAUGAAUAUUUUUCAGUGUAUGCAGUGUUUAAUUUUUUUCACUGCAGGUGUUCAUUUAAUUCCACAAUGACAGUUCUAGGGAGGAGUUCAGAGAAGACCAAAAUGCUCUUCAGCAGAUACAGGGCUGUGCUAAGUGCUUGGGGAUUUAUGGGAGUGCCUGGCUCUUCCUUCUCGAACGGUGGAGGCUGAUAGUACAGCAGAAAGUACAGUGUCAUGCACGCUUCGGAGUGUGUCUCAGAUGCUGGAGGGACAUUGAGAGCAGUGAUGGUGAACCUCUAGAGCUUUCAGCGAUACAGGCAGCUCACUGAGGCAUGUGUGCCUUGGGUUCGCCGCUUCUGAUUUAGAGUGUGGCGAGGUACAGAAGGAUUUAAACAAAUGCUAUUUUGAGAUUUAUGUUUUGCUUUUAAUUUAACAAUUUUUUUCUACCGUUGCUAAUUUUUUUUUCUUUUCCCCUAGUAGCGGGGAUUGCUUUCAGGACCUCAUGCAUACUAGGGACAGUGCUGAGAAGGUGAGCAGAUAAACACAGAUGUUCACGGACAAAGAACUGGUAUCCAAGAUGCCUGAAGAACUGGCAGAGCUCAAGCCCUGGAACUGGUCCCCUGCCGCCUCAGCCUCUGGCCCGCGCGUGUGGCGGCGUCACCCCCUUUUCCAGGAGUGGCUGCCGCAGCGUGUCUCCUGCCGAGCGUGUAGUCUUACUAUGCAGUUCAGGCUGACCUUGAACUCACUGUGUAUCCCAGGCUGGUCUCGAACUCACGGCAGUCCUCCUGCUUCAGCCUCCUGAUUGCUGGAAUUACAGUUAUACAGAGGUCAACCAGAACACCAUGUCUGGGACUGAGGAAGCUAUUCUUAGAGGCGGAGAUGGCUACCGUCCUGCUGGAGGUAACUCUGUGCUGUGCUUCGGGCAGUGCCAGUAUACUGCAGAAGAGUACCAGGCCAUCCAGAGCGCCCUGCGGCAGAGGCUGGGCCCGGAGUACAUCAGCAGCCGCAUGGCCGGAGGAGGCCAGAAGGUGUGUUACAUUGAGGGCCAUCGGGUCAUUAAUCUGGCCAACGAGAUGUUUGGGUACAAUGGCUGGGCUCACUCCAUCACACAGCAGAACGUGGACUUCAUUGACCUCAACAACGGCAAGUUCUACGUGGGAGUCUGUGCAUUUGUGAAGGUGCAGCUGAAGGACGGCUCCUACCAUGAAGACGUAGGCUAUGGAGUUAGCGAGGGCCUCAAGUCAAAGGCUCUGUCCCUGGAGAAGGCCCGGAAGGAGGCGGUGACAGACGGCCUGAAGCGGGCGCUCAGAAGUUUUGGGAAUGCACUUGGAAACUGCAUUCUGGACAAAGACUAUCUGAGGUCGCUGAAUAAGCUUCCACGCCAGCUGCCUCUUGAAGUGGACUUAACUAAAGCAAAGAGACAGGACUUUGAACCAUCUGUGGAGCAGGCAAGAUACAACAGCUGUCGGCUGAAUGUAGCUCUGGGACCCUCAAAACCGCAGGAGACCUCCCCUUGCAGAGCAAGCCACACGGGUGACCCCCACAUGAUGCUACAAGGAGAUAAGGCCAGCAGCUCCCGAAGCCUGACCUUGUCCACUGUGGAGAGUGAUGCCACUCACCAGCGGAAGCUUCGGCAAAAGCAGCUGCAGCAGCAGUUCCGGGAGCAGAUGGAGAAGCAGCCGCAGGUCCAGACACUUGCUCCAGCUCCAGUUGAAAAGCAGAGUGAGGCAUCCCUUCCGGUCCCUCCUUUGACACACAGUUCUCCCAUCAGUGCUGUCUCAGAACCACUCAAGGAGAAAGCCAGCCUUAAAGAGAAUCCUGAAGACAGUUUUGAAAUGUGGGACCUGACGCCAGACUUAGAGGACAUCGUGAAGCCCUUGUCUAAACCAGAACCACCCCAGACCUCUGCCACCCCAACCCUGAACCACCAGAUCCCACACAGCCUUCACUGCCAGAAGCCACAAGAAAAAGCUGGAUCCUGGCAUCAAGGUCACAGCACUAACCCGAAUGUUUCAGGAAACUAUGAAUCUCACAGGAAGAACCAGGACAUGAAGAAAAGGAAACUGGAUCCACCUUAACCCAAGGCUGUGGAGAGCAUUGGACUCUGACAAAUGGACUUUGGAAAACUUUUUUAGUCAUGAAAUUGUUCAUCAUUCUUGGAGAAUGGAUUUUAUUUCCGAAGAUAUACCUUAUUUCUGAACUUCAUCAGAGGAACUAUGACCUGUUGUAGACGAAGCUGAGCACUUCAUAUAUAGCUUGUCAUACACUGUAGGUGGGAGGCUACAGUCAGAUGAAAGAGCUUUCCUUUGGCUCUUGAGGGCUUUCACUGUUUACUUCUAAGCUAUUACAUUAAUAAAGAUAGACACUUAUAGGAACUGCCAA